GCCAAAGCCUCUCCCUCCAGGUUCCUUGUCCAGACCCUCGCUUCUCCUCCGAACCUCGCAGCCCACACGCAAGCCAAACCAGCUGAGCACUUUUCGUCCAUGAGAUGUGACGAUCGACCGUCUCCUCACCUUUUCCCACAGCUCCAUAUCCCGCAUUCUUGCUCCUGCUUCUUCGUCUAGCAGCUCCGAAGCCACAGCUUGCAUUGCCCUGAUCGGUCCACUUUCCUCUCUCUCUACACUUGCCAUGGCUCCGACCAAGACUUCUCGAAAAGAUCACGACGACCACAAGGCCGAUGCUCCCGUCAAGGAAAAGAACGGUCAUGGUUCGACAAAGAUGCGCCGCGGCGCAAGCCAGCAGACUCACGCUGCCAAACACGACCUUCAUCCCGCUCCCACAUCUGUGCCCGUCCAGGUGCCGACCGAAGCCCUGCUCCCAAGCCUUCCCUGGGCCUCCUUCGAGCGACGAUCCCUCCACGCCUACCUCCGCGAGCACGAACUGACCACGCCGUCGUCCUACUCGAGUUCCUUUCACAAUUGGGUGCUCUCGCGACCCGGCAGCUUGGGCCUAUACUCUCCCACAAUGGUCCGCAAGCAGCAGAUCAAGCGACAGUCCAAAGACCAGCUCGCCCUGGCCGUGCGCAAGCAUUUCAAUGGGCUGGGCAUCCAGGAGAACGAUGUCAUUGUCGACUUCAUAUACAAAGUACGCAAUCACCAGGUCGUAAAAGACCAAGGCACGGUCAAGCAAGUCAUUGUCGUGGCUGAAUGACCGGAUGCCUCAUAAUUGGAGAGCUCUGGUGAGCAGCUGCAUCGUUUUACUGGCAUGGAUUGGUGUUUUGGCGUUACAAGGUUCCUGAGCACGACACCAGAUGUGUGUACGUGGUGGGUAGAUACCCGGGGGAAUCAUUUGGCACUCUGAUGGCUUUUAUUUUCCUUUCUUCUUUUCCUUUUCCUCUCUCAUUUACACACACUUGUUUCCUGCGAGGCACAUCAUGGUGUGCUCUAUCGCGCCACUUGUUACAAUGGUACUACGGGCCAAAGAACCCGUCGGUUUGGGACUGGUUCAAUUGUUUUAAGCAGCAUAUCGACAGGCACUGGUCUAGGAAUUCGCAGCGCCACUCAUAUAGAAGGGGAUGAAUUGGGUUUUCUGUUUAUAAAUAUCCUGUAGAGAAUUGACGAAUACAACAUGAUGCUGAAUGAAUCU